AUGUCAACGCAUCAGAUGCCGUCCAGACCACUGGCCAGCCUCGUCUGGACGAUCCUCCUCAUGGCGUCUGUCCUGCCUGGACAGGCCAGCAAGAUCCUGGUGUUCCCCGUGGACGGCAGCCACUGGUUGAACAUGGAGGUGCUGGUCAAGCAGCUGCACGGCCGCGGCCACCAGAUCACCGUGGUGCGCUCGCCCGAGAGCUGGUACAUCAAGGAGCGCUCGCCCCACUACGCCCCCCUCACCGUGCGGCUGCCCCAGGACAAGGAGAUCGGCCUGGAGCUCUUCGAGCAGUCGGCCCAGCGCAUCCUGGAGGGCCGUCUGCGGGGCUCGCUGAUGGGCUCGCUGGUGGAGGUGACGGAGCUCAUGAGCAUCCUCCACGUGGCCCACCGGGCCACCUGCGCCAUCGUCUCCCUCAUGCUGGACGACCGGCGGCUGGUGCAGGAGCUGCGGGCGGCCCGGUACGACCUGAUGCUCACCGACCCGGCCAUGCCGGCCGGCGUCCUCCUCGGCCACUACCUGCGCCUGCCCAUGGUGUACAACGUGCGCUGGAUGAGCUUCGGCGAGGGGCACUUCUCCAUCGCGCCGUCGCCCGUCUCGUACGUGCCCGUGCCCGGCUCGGGGCUCAGCGACCGCAUGGGGUUCGUCCACCGGGCACGGAACAUGUUCCACUACGCCCUGAACCUCGUGCAGGAGAGGUGGCUGGUGGUGCCCAUCUACAGGGAGCUGAUUCGGAAGCACUUCCCGCCCGGCAGCGACCUCCUCAGCAUGCAGCUGACCGCCGACGUGUGGCUGAUGCGGGUGGACUUUGUGUUCGAGUUCCCCAGACCCUCCAUGCCCAACCUGGUCUACAUGGGCGGCUUCCAGUGCCGUCCGGCCAAGCCGCUGCCGGGAGAGCUGGAGGCUUUCGUCCAGAGCUCGGGGCAGCACGGGGUCGUGGUCAUGUCGCUCGGCACGCUGAUCAACGCCCUGCCGCGCGAGACCACCGAGAUCAUCGCGUCCGCCUUCGCCCGCCUGCCGCAGAAGGUGAUCUGGAGGUUCGCCGGCGCCAAGCCGCGCUCGCUGGGCAACAACACCCUGCUGCUCGAGUGGCUCCCGCAGAACGACCUGCUGGGCCACCCCAAGACGCGGGCGUUCGUGGCCCACGGCGGCACCAACGGCCUCUACGAGGCCAUCUACCACGGCGUGCCCGUGCUCGGCGUGCCGCUCCUGUUCGACCAGACGGACAACCUGGUGCGCCUGCAGGCCCGCGGGGCGGCGCGGAUGCUGGACAUGGCCUCGCUCACCCCCGAGCUGUUGGUGAGGGCGCUGAAGGACGUCCUCCACAACCCCACGUACCGCGGCAGCAUGCAGAGGCUGUCCGGCCUGCACCGCGACCAGCCCCUCCACCCCCUGGACAAAGCCGUCUUCUGGAUCGAGUACGUGCUCCGGAACAAAGGCGCUCCGCACCUCCGCUCAGAGGCCAGCGCCAUGCCGUGGUACUCCUACUACACGCUGGACGUGAUCGCUCUCCUGCUCGGGGCGCCUUUCGGGCUCCUGUGCGUCGUCGUCUUUCUGAUUCGAGCCGCGGUGCUCCGCAAAGCCAAGGGAGCGCCGCAGACCACGGCGCAACAGUCCAAGGAGGUGCCCCAAGUCAACGCCAAAGUGACUCUCAAAGCGAGCUCUAAGGAAGCGCUUCAGACCAAACCCAAGAAGCUUCAGCAAGCGCAUUCUAAAGAUAACACAAAGUCAAAAUCAGAGAGGAAGAAAGCAGAGUGA